UUUCCUUUAACUUCAAUUUGUUUAUAUUCACUUCUGAUUUUCGGGGAAUGCUGGAGUCUUCUAUGUUCCAUCUUUCUUUCUGUAAACCGAUUACGAUUUUGCGAACUCUUUGUUGGAGGAGAUGGAGUUUCUUCUUCUUCUUCUUCUUCAUCUUCUUCAUCUUCCUCCAUUUCUUCCCUCUGCAUCGUCUUAGCUUUUGACUUCUUUUGCAGUAUUCUGAUAAAAAGAAACAUUCAUGCAAACUCUGCAAUUUCAUUGGCUGAUCGGUGCUCGUUAGGAUAACGUCGGAUCGUUUCGGUAAACAGGAAAAGGGGGCUGAAAUCCCAAUGGAAAAGCUGCCUAAGGCACAUGAAAAGGAGUACAUGAGAAUGGCCAUGUUAAAGCAUGAAGAAACAUUCAAACAACAGGUACAUGAACUUCAUCGGCUUUAUCGAACCCAAAAGACAUUAAUGAAAAACGUCGAGAAAAGCAGGGAUAGUGGAUGGAAUACAAAGAGUUGGGACAAAAGGAAUGAGAUAUGCUUCAGACAAAUCUAUGAACAGGACGCAAAAAACUAUUCUAGAUCAACAACUCAGACGACCAAACUAGACUUGGAACAGCCGGCGGAAGAUGAAGCAGAGGCCAAUAAUGGAGCUCUGCAGAUCAUAAACGAGAAUGAACUGGAACUAACUCUAGGCCCUUCGAGUUACAAUACUUCAGACUCGGGAAUAACCACCCACUCUUCUUCUUCGACAGGGUCCAGCCAUGAGGGAAGACGUAUGGAUAGAAACCAAGUUAGGGUGCAGGAAAUGGCGGUUUUGGGGGUACCUGAAAAUCCCUCGGGAUUCCAAAACGGAAGUGAUAGGGGGGAGAAGAAGAUGGUAGAGGUAGAUUACCCUCCUUGGCUUUUUCAAGCUGUGAGCCUUAACCUGACUUAGUUUUCGAGGUAUAAAGAAAACCCAUUCAUUUCAAUCAAUCAAUCAAAUUAUAUGAGAAGAACAUCUUUGUUUGCUUCUCAUUCACUAAUUAACAGGGUCAUUGAUGUUUAGUGCUAUUCAGCUUCCUUCUUCAUCUUGCUUGUAUAUCCAGAUGUUGAUGUGUAUUGCUUUGUAAAUUUUAACCUUCAGGAAAGAAUCACUUUUGAAUUUCAAGCUAUUAUUAAUGUGACUUGAGAGAGGCGCAAGGGGGAAUUAUAUGUA